CCCAGAGUCACACCUCCUCUUCUUCCCGCAUUUGCUGCCAUUCCGGAACCAACCCAAUCCCACCUCUUCUUCUCUCAGUCCAUUUCUUCUUGCAACUUUUCUUCUCUUUUGCCAAACAAGACGAGGAAAGACAGGAGAAUCGUAUUCAAUUACGUUUUGCUGUGAGCCCCAAAAUUUUGAUAUUCACACGCUGAUCCCAAACGCUCAUCUCGACCCACAUAACAUUGACAGGAUCAAUCCAAGAACGGACUCCGCGUCACUAUUGGUAAACUCCACCAAGCAAUCACACUCGUCGCCAACUGAAGUCCAGCAGCCCCUUCAAGAAAACAAUUAGCUUACGCCGUCACCAGUGAUUGUCAAUUGAUUCGCACCUCUUGGGAGGCUUCACUGACCUUCACACUGCUAUUGUUCAAGCCACCUUUGGCAGACUCACCGCAAUUCCUCACUGCCUAAGCUCAGCGCGCCCGCACUUUUCACUUCAGCGUUCAUUGCUCGAGUCGAACUCGAAGCUACCGACCGUCGGUCUCUCUUCACAUUGCAAAUUCCGUAUCUGGAGAAGAUCCUGCGAGCCUCAACCUAUCAUUCAUUUGCUUUCUCGGCGCACCUUCACCAUAAAGUGCUGGCCCUAGCUCCAGUCACGUCAACGUCAAACGACCCUUUUUUGUCGCUAGAGAAACAUCCCACCUGAUCGUUGCGCGAACAACUGGGUCGAAGCGCUCGUCCAAUAUUCGCCCGACUUUAUCGACUCUAGACCCUAUCGUGGCUUUGCCUGCACGGCAACCGGUCCAUUCGCUUCGCAAGAAAAAUUCACCUUUGUCGCUCCUGCAACACCUGAGCAACCUGCGGCGCAGGACUUUUCUAUUCCAAAAGAUUGCAGUCUCAGUUUUUGGGACGACUAUGCAUAUACAAGUUUGACAAACAUCCUGUGAUAAGAGACGGGUGGACCGAGGCAGGCCUGGACAUGUCAGCUCCAAAACCUCCUGUGGCUCUCAAGAAUCAUUGCUCCAUCAUCCAUGAUGGGAUUAUCUACGUUUACUCGCCCGGUGCCUUUCAGACUUUGGAAUUGAAAGAGGGGGCACAAUGGAAGGAAGAGACAAAUGGGGUUUCUGUGACGGGCGCGACUUGCGUUAAGGGUGGUGUGGAUGGAGACAACACCAAACCAGCACUCUACGUCGUGGGAGGUGCUGCAAAUGCGUCUUCCUCAGACUAUCCUGGCUUGCAGCGCUUUUCGAUCGCGGACAAGUCAUGGAAGACCAUCACCCCCGUCGUCCAGGUCACGCAAAAUCGCCAUAACCAUGGAGCUGCCUACAUGAACGCCUCGUCGUCAAUCGUGGUGUAUGGUGGAUCGCAAGUGACCGGGUACGAGGGACUGUCUUCAGAAACAUUCUUGCUUGAAAUGUACCCACCGUACCGAGUAUUGGCUUAUAGCUCGACGGCACCUCCAACAGCGAAACCUAUCAUGCUGCCCUGGAGUGAGGAUAGGGCUUUGAUGGUAGGAGGCAGCUCCACCAACGUGAACGUCUUCACUUUCGGCCCCGCAGACGGAUGGCAAGACCUUGGGCUGUCUCUACCUAAUCCACUUCCUGAUUCUUCUGCUGCGCAGAGCGCACUCUUCACGCUGGACGACAACAGCAAGAUAUUGCAAACCUUCAACCUGGGCCAGACAGUGCCCAAUGUCACAACGAACGUGUUAUUGAACCCUGGAGGUCAGCCCGCGGUAUUUGGUGAAACAGCCGGAGGCAGCGCCUCAACAGCCAGUCCUACGCCAUCACCAACCUCCGCAUCCAAAACCAAAAGAUCGGUCUUUCUCAACAACUAUCCCAUUUACAACAAUAGCCUGGCGCCCUCUGAUUCUCGGACGGACUUUGACCUGGUUCAAGGCGACAAUGGCCUGGUAGCUUUCCUUGGUGGCAACUCCAAUGACCCGCUAGUAUUCUUCAACCAGUCGGGCAACAGCUGGAUUUCGACGACUUCGUUACUUGGCAAGCAACAGGCAUCCUCAAGCACGCCUUCAACUACACAGUCUGCUGCAACUUCAACUUCCACAGCAUCCAACGCGGCCAGCUCAUCGUCCUCUCACAAGGGUCAUGGUUUGGCCAUUCUGGGUGGAGUACUGGGUGGUAUCUGUGGUCUUGCCGCAAUUCUUAUCAUCCUUCUGCUCUGGCUCAGAUCGGUCCGCAGAAAGAGAGAGCAGGCAGAGAAGCAGAAUGAUUACGGCGAUGACAAGAAAAGGAGUGGGGAGUAUAACUACGAAGAAAGGGGCCUGAAACCUCUAGCUAGGCAGGGCCAGCCAAUGGGCAGAAGUCCCGUACCUUCAGCUGUGAUCACGGAAGCAGACAGCACAGCCAUGGUUGGAAAUAAAGCUGAUCCGAAGUAUCUGAUCCGGCGAGUAUCUUCCGAUCGAGCGCAGCCCGGGUUUCGAGGCUCAGGGAUCGCAUUCGGGCAGGCGCUGUUCAAGCGUGACAAGGCUCCUUUGUCUAUCUCCAAACCUAUGAACCCCAUUCUGGGCGACUACCAACAAAGGCCUAGCAUCGAGCUCGGUCGCGCCACGCCUGUUGUUGAACCUGCCGUAGCCGAAGCCGCCCCAACAAGGAAGGCUUCGCAGCGCAAGACCGACGAAGGAUGGGGCAAGUACUUUCAGAGCGAGGCACAGACGGGCAACAGGACAACGUUUUUCACCCGAAGCUCAGGCGCAAGUCGAGGCAAGAGUGGAUUUUGGCCAGGCUCUGGGGUGCCGGACAGCUCAAACAGGUCGAAUGCAGCCAGACCGUCCAAGAUCGUCAUACGGGACAGUAAUGGCAAUCCCCUGCAAGCGCAUACGGUUGCUGGAGGGAGUCCUACAUUCGCACAUGGACCUGCAGAUGCUCAGUCCAGGGGACUCCAGGUGGCGCAAGGAAUUCCUGCUCGCAUCUCUCGUGCCAGCUCCCUCGCGACCGACUCCGACGACGAUUAUGAAGAUGAGCAUAUUUCAGGCGCCUUCUCAAGCGGUAUUCCUGCCAGUGUGCACGAUAUGCCAUGGGCACCGGUAGGAAAUACUUGGUCGGGUCCAGCGCAGCGCCCGCUGCGACCUCCAAGUAGUUAUCUCCAGUCUCAGGAGCGCCCUGUGCAGACAGCCUCAUCCGCUGAGACGAGCGGCUCUGGGACCCAGAGCUCCUCAAUACCUUCAUUCCCGAUGCCGAAUUCCGUACGGAAUAUCCAACCAAGCAGAGGGAAUGUCAGCACAGCCACCGCGCCUUCGGCAGGAGAUACAUAUGACACCCGUGAAGCUCGUGAUUACUUUACGCACACGCGAGCAAGAAGUGGUACCCCCGACAACAACGACAUGUCGUGGUUGAAUCUGGGCACGCCCCGGUGACUCUCGAACCGGUUCUCACGGGUCCUCUACCAGUUUUUGCUUGAUGAUGUUGCACGAAAACCACCUGGCAGCCAGAUGCCUGUCAACACGGUGGGCUCCGCUGAGAGCCAAGGGAGUGCUGAUGCGAAGAAACAGGGUCUGUUUCGAACCCGGUCGACUCCACGGAAGACAACAGCGUUUCACUAUCCGAUGCAAUCGGCCAAGCGUGAAACAUGGGAGGACGACGUAAUAACUGAAUCACCAACAGUACCUAGUCCCACGGUUGCAAGACCUGGCGUGGAUUUGCAAUCUCGCGACAGUAGGAGGUUGACGAUGUGAAUUGAGACGAAAGCAUAUUUGGACGAUCCUCUGACGACCACUUAUGGCUAUGACGUGCCGGAUAUCUUCUCAUUUCUUCAAGCGAUCUCAUUUAUUUUCUUUAAUGUGCUGGAGGCCAUCUUGUCAAUGAUGAUAAUGAUUGAUGUCAUCAACGGAAUGUGCAUCAAUGUAGUAUAGCUGGAGGAGGUGAUAAUGUAAUGAUCUGGUCGUGUAGAGUUGGGGCUAGUCAUCGAAUCCAAGACGUGAGCCAUCCGUGGCCAUCUCCAUCUCCAUUUCCAGUCCGUAUGUCCGUG